AUUUUUUAACAAAUUCUUAGGCACAACUCUCACAAAGUUUCUGCACAAAUUACGGAGAAGAAAACACAGUCUGUCGCUCAUGUAAUGGAAGCCAAAAACUACCAAAGAGCAAGCGAACUAAAAGCUUUCGAUGAGACCAAAGCUGGUGUCAAAGGGCUUGUAGAUUCUGGGGUUGUCAAGAUUCCACGUAUAUUCUACCAACCCGCGGAAAAUCCCACAAACACUUCAGUUUCCGGCGAAAAUUUCAGUAUGCCGACCAUUGAUCUCGACGGCGUCGAAAUUGAUCCAUUGAAACGCAAAGAGAUUGUGAACGAAGUCCGAAUUGCAUCUGAGAAAUGGGGAUUCUUUCAAGUGGUCAAUCAUGGGAUUCCUCAGAGUGUGAUAGAGGAAAUGAGGGCAGGGGUUAGAAGGUUCUAUGAACAAGAUUUUGAAUCGAAGAAAGAGUUCUAUACUCGUGAUGGGACAAAACCGGUGGUUUACAAUAGCAAUUUUGAUCUGUUUAGUGCACCGGCAGCUAAUUGGAGAGACACCAUGUAUUGCAUCAUGGCUCCUAAUCCUCCCAAGCCUCAGGACUUGCCACUGGCAUGCAGAGAGAUAUUGAUGGGGUACUCAAAGCAAGUGAUGAGAUUGGGAAAUUUGUUGUUCGAGCUGUUAUCGGAAUCUCUUGGACUGAACCCAAACCACUUGAAAGACAUGGAUUGCGCUGAGGGGCUUGCUGUUUUAUGCCACUAUUAUCCUGCUUGUCCAGAGCCUGAAUUAACUUUAGGCACAACCAAACACACAGACAGUGACUUUCUCACGGUGCUUCUACAAGACCACAUUGGAGGCCUUCAAAUUCUUCACCAGAAUAGGUGGAUUGACGUAGAACCUGUUUCUGGGGCUUUGGUUAUUAAUAUUGGAGAUCUUCUACAGCUUAUAACAAAUGACAGGUUCAUAAGUGUUGAACAUAGAGUACUGGCCAACCGUGAAGGUCCUCGAGUGUCUGUUGCAUGCUUUUUCAGAACAGAUCUGUCGUCUUCAAGAAAAUACGGACCAAUCAAGGAGUUGUUAACAGAAGGAAAUCCUCCAAAGUACAGGGAAAUGACGGUGAAAGAAUAUGUUGAUUACUUCAACGCCAAAGGCCUUGAUGGAUGUUCUGCCCUAUCUCAUUUCAAGCAUUGAAGAACUUGGCAAUGUAGAUGAAAAUGUAUUGUCAUAUUUUAUACCACAAAAGUUAUCAAACGGUAAAAGGGGCAUGACUUAUAAAUUCUACUGAAUCUGUUAUCAAAGUGGAACAUCAUAAGGCUACGGCAAUGGAUUUUUUACACAGAUUAGAGAAGAGGCCUAUAAAAUAGUUCUUCAUUUUUAU